AUGACCUCAGUCGUCCGAAAUGCUUCUCAUGCUGGCGACUGGUACACGGCUAAUGCUUCGAAGCUGGAUGGGGAGUUGGCGGGAUGGCUUGAGGCGGUAGAUGCGGAUUACCCGAUCAGAGGCUGCAAAGCAAUUAUAGCUCCCCAUGCUGGGUAUGCUUAUUCUGGACCAGCCGCUGCCUGGGCCUAUAAGAGCAUCGAUGUCUCUUCGAUUAAACGCGUAUUCGUGCUGGGCCCCUCCCACCAUAUCUACAUCGAUGGUUGUGCCUUGUCGAAGUGCACAAGUUACGCGACUCCCCUCGGAGAUCUGCCCAUAGACCUCGACACGGUUCGAGAACUACGUGCCUCAGGAAAAUUCCAGGAGAUCAGCCACUCUGCCGACGAGGACGAACAUAGCCUAGAAAUGCAUCUUCCUUAUAUCCGCAAAGUCUUCCAGGGCAAAGACAUCGCUAUCGUCCCAAUCGUCGUUGGCGCCAUUAACCAACAGCUCGAGGCAGAGUUCGGUGCACUACUCGCUCCGUAUCUUGCUCGCGACGAUACUUUUUGUGUUGUUUCGAGCGACUUCUGUCAUUGGGGCACGCGCUUCAACUACACAUAUUACCUACCGAAUGCUUCUGCCACCCCAAUGCGUCUCUCAAGAUCCCAAACUCAGUCGUUGGAUCAGCCUAUUCACGCUUCGAUCAGGGCGCUCGACCACCAGGCGAUGAAUAUUCUGGCUAAGCCACCAGCAUCCUCCGCCCAUGCUGCAUUUGCUGCCUAUCUCUCAAGCACGAAGAACACAAUUUGCGGAAGACAUCCCAUCGGAGUUUUGCUUGGCUCGUUAGCUGCACUUCACGAUCGACCCAGUGAGCUGAAGUGGGUUCGAUAUGAGCAGAGCAGCGAGUGUGAGACACUGCGCGAUUCAAGUGUGAGUUACGCCAGUGCUUGGGUUAAAUUCUAG